AUGCGUCCACUUCUGCGACUCAUCUUCACCGGCGCGUGGGCGGACGUACAAUGCUACGCCGACGUGGUGUUCUUCCGUGGCGCGUGCGACGUCGAGAGGCCGACGUGCACGACGCCAACUUCCACGCCUCCUGUGCGUGGGGCGAGGCGGUGCUCGAGGGUUGCUGUGCGCCCAGCAGGCCACCUGCCCAACCGGACCAACCGCCCCCACUCCCCAUAUCCCCCACUCCCGUACCCCGUACCCCCCACCGACACCCCACUCCCCCCCGAAAUAUCUCCCCCCUCUCUCCCCCGAUUGGACCGGGAUUGGAGGAGGAGGCCGCCGCCUGGAUCGCCCGUCGACGUCCAUCGCCGCCUCGCCCCUGCCACUCGACGCACUCGCCGGAGCUGCCCCGUCGGCCUCUACCUCCUCUUCGUCACCGUCGUCCCCAACGUCCUCCGCGACCCCCGCUGCCCGAACCCCUACCGCCCCAAUGAGCCUCCGCCUUGCUCCUCCCCUCCCCUCUGUCCCGCGCUCGCGUGCCCUGCGCUCGUCGCCGCGGCCACCGCACGCGUGCGCCCCGUGCACGCCCGCCGUCGCGCUCCGCUCCCGCCUCCGCAACUGCUCGCCGACCGCCGCUCAGGCCGCCUGGCCAGCGCCGUGGCCACCGGCACCUCGCCAGCCUCACCCGGCCACGCCCUCGCCCUUGCUCCCCACGUCCUGUCCGCUGCUGCCGUAGACCUCCGCCCGGACGUGCCCUCCCGCACCGUUACCCCGCGCGCCGCCGCAGCUUGA